UGUGGAAAAACAAUCAGCUGUUAUUUUUAAGGGCCACACGAGUAGCGUGAAGUCCGUGAAAUUUCGGCUCAAUGAUUUUUGUACUCCUUCGAAACAUCGUUUUUGCUAGCGCUGGUCGUGAUGGUAAUAUUUGUCUAUGGGAUAGAAGGGACAGUGGCACGUGCAAAGAUCAGAGCAAAGAGCGUACAUUUCAUCAUCCUUUUCGAAUCAUCCGCAACGCGCACAGACGAACGUUACAAAAAUCGAGGCGCGCGCGACUACUUCGGGAGCCUCAACAAAGUGUCACUGCAGUCACUUUUCUUAAGAAUACCUUUUAUUUAGCUUCUUGCGGGGCUGGUGAUGGCGUUAUAAAAUUGUGGGACAUCAGAAAGUCACCAUUUACGCCCUUUUGUACUUUUCCUUAUACCGGAAGCGCCCUUAAUAAAGGCUUCACGUCAUUGGCUGUUGAUUCCGAGGGUUCUCAAUUAUUGGCCAGCUGCACAGAUGAUGUGAUUUAUCAAUACAAUACAAUAAAUAUUUCAAGAAAAAACGUGAAAAAGUAUACGGGCCAUAAAUCAGAGGGCUCCUUUUAUAUAAAAUCCGCGUUCAGUCCUGAUGGUAACUAUAUUAUUAGCGGCGCUGCUGAUCAUUCCUUAUAUAUUUGGGAGGUGAAUUCAUGUUCUGAACUUCCAUAUUGCAUAUUACGAGGGCAUGAUGAAGAAGUUUCUUGCGUGGCUUGGUGCCCUCAGCAAAUAGGCGAGGCGAGUUUUUAUAAUAAUUAUUAA